GUAGACUACGACCCACUCGUUUCUUUUUGCUCCGUGGCAUUUUGUGGCACAGUGUGCUUGCGGAGGUUUCGUUCUUGGUCGUCGGCUCUAAACACAGACCUGAACAAAGACGACAUAAGUUUCUCAUAGGUGAUCAUCAUAUGAUCAACACAAGACAGAUACAUAUAAUCAUUUUCCAAGCCAAGACACAGGAACAGCAUUUGGCACAUGACAGAACUGCAUUCCAAACCUCAAAGAUGAUGUGCACACUGUAAAAAGGGGGACAUAGGAUGCAGACUUGCCAGCUAUAGCUUUUAAUGCUAGAGUGAUGCCCAGGCGGGGGUUGCCACUCCAGGGCCGGAUCCGCUGGCUUUUCCUCGGCCUCUUCCUGCUGCUGGUGCUGAUGCUCUUUGCAUACCUCCUCGAGUGCACACCUCCUGCAGAUGUCAGCCUGGUCUUGCCUGGUUUAGCAGGGGAGACCUACAGCAGAGAGUAUUACCAGGCCCUACUGCAGGAACAGGAGGAGCAUCACCUAAACCGUGCUGCCAGUCUCAAGCGCCAGAUUGCCCAGCUCAAACAAGAACUGCAGGAAAUGAGUGAGAAACUAAAGCUUCUGCAGGAAAAGAAAGAGCUCCCUGGGGUCCAGGGUUUGGCUGAGACGAAAGACCAAGAGCCAGGAGAUCUGCUGGAGUACCUACACUCACAGAUAGACAAGGCUGAGGUCAACACAGCGGCACGCCUUCCUAGUGAGUAUGCUUUAGUGCCUUUUGAGAGUUUCACCUUGUCCAAGGUGUACCAGCUGGAAAUGGGGCUUACACGACACCCAGAGGAGAAACCCGUCCGUAAGGAUCGCAGGGAUGAGCUGGUGGAGGUCAUCGAGGCAGCACUGGACAUCAUCAACAACCCUGAUGAGGAGGAUGGUGUUGAGGAAGACAUGCCAAUGCAGAGACAAAUCUACACAGAGGGUCACUUUACUGAAGGACUGUAUAGGACAGAGCGAGACAAAGGGACGCUUUAUGAGCUCUUCUUUGCCAAAGAGGAUUCCACCAGCUUUCGCCACGUCACGCUAUUCAGGCCAUUUGGUCCCUUAAUGAAAGUCAGGAGUACAUCUUUAGAAACAUCAGAAUUAAUCAUUAACAUCAUUGUGCCUCUGGCAGGCAGAGUUGAAACUUUUUCACAGUUCUUGCAAAACUUCAGGGAGGUGUGCAUACAGCAGGACAGACAAGUACAUCUCACAGUGGUUUAUUUUGGACAGGAAGGUCUACAGGAGGUGAAGUCAUCCUUGGAAAAAAUUACUAGGGAAGAGAGCUUCUCUAAUUACACUGUGAUCCCAGUAGAGGAAGAGUUUUCACGAGGUCGGGGUCUGGAUAUUGGAGCUCAUGCCUGGAAGAAAGGCGACGUCUUGAUGUUUUUUUGUGACGUUGACAUCCAUUUCACCCUGGAGUUCCUCAAUACAUGUCGUCUCCAAACUGCUCCAAAUAAAAAAGUCUUCUAUCCAGUGGUGUUCAGUCUAUACAAUCCUGCCAUAGUCUAUGGAAGUUUGGAGCUGGCUCCACCCACUGAACUCCAACUGAUUCACAAAAAAGAUGCUGGAUUUUGGAGAGACUUUGGCUUUGGAAUGACGUGUCAGUAUCGCUCAGAUUUCCUUAACAUUGGUGGGUUUGAUCUUGAAGUCAAAGGCUGGGGUGUCGAAGAUGUCCACUUGUACAGGAAGUAUCUUCGGAGUGACCUCAUAGUCAUUAGGACACCAGUGUCCGGUCUUUUCCACCUGUGGCACGAGAAGCAGUGUGCAGAUGAGCUAACGCCAGAGCAGUACCGCAUGUGCAUACAGUCCAAGGCUAUGAACGAGGCCUCUCACUCUCACCUGGGCAUGUUGGUUUUCCGUGAAGAGAUUGAAUCUCACCUUCGCAAACAGGCCUAUAAGACUCAAAGCAAAACAGAAGACUGAGCUUGACUCUACGUAUUUCAACCUUAAUACUGUGAGGAGCUGACAUUAUAACUGCACUACAGACAUGUUUACAUAGAUCCUUCUGCAUUUCACCGCACAGCUGCAGACAAAUGAAUGUAGUAAAUAUAUGAUCAAUGUGAAGUUUCCACACAUGGUACAUCUGUUCUUGAAGCAGUCUCAAUCAUAUGGUAUACAUUUUACCUGACAGCAUGCUGUCAUUGUCUCGGGACACAUAACUUCUCAUUCUGUCAUAUUACCUGCUUUAAAUACAGCUCCUGAAUGGGAACGGUUCUUCAUCAUUUUCACAGCUUGUACUGCAUAACGUCCUUUUACUGCUGAGUGCAAACUCUGUCAGUUUUAGCAGACAGGAUGAUAUCAAGCAAUAUAAAAUACAUCCAACCUGUCAACCUUUAGCAUUUUAAAGAGGAAAAGUGCUUCAAAUAAGUCCAGGUAUUUUCCUCUAAAGUUAAUGUCAACAUUAAAAAUGAGUUGUGGUUUCUUAAAUUGAAAAAAAACAAAAACAAGUUGACUGCACAAGAAGCAGCUAGUUUCUAUGGAUUCCGAGCUUUCUGCAAGUUAAAAAUAAUGUUUUGGUUGUGGUUUGAUAAGGGAGUGCUACUGCUUUGUACAAAUUGUUCCAGAGUAAUGAUGUUAAAAAAGGGACCUUUUACUUGUUUUAUGUGACAAUUACUUUCUCUCGCAGCUUCCAAGUUAACAGAAAAGCAGGUUGACAAACUAGUUCUAGCAUUUGCAGAGAUAUGCUUGUAGCAUGCAGUGCUAUAUCAGGUCUAUGUGGACCAUUAUUAUUGUUUAACAAACUUUGUCAGAGAUGUAAUGUUACAGCCACACAUGUAAAUACUUUUCAGAAGUGUCUUUGUUUUAUACACAAGAAUGAAACGUUUGAUGUAUGUGCCUACAUGCUUACAGUGAUACAGAAUCUUCAAACUUUGCUAAGUGGUGUUGAUCUAAUAAUUUGUAUUCCAGCUCAUAAGAGAGGAUAUGUCUGAACAGUUCAGUCAUUGAGGUUUUUUUCACAAUUUAAGUGUUAUUCUCAUCCAAUAGUGUAAUAAAUUUGAUAACGUUUCAAUAAACAUAUAGCAGCGUUUAGUCAUCUCACUCUCAAGGAGAAAGGGUGUCUUUCACAUGCACAAUUUAAACAGAAGUUCUGCCAGUAAAAUUAUUUAUUUAGAAUUUUUGCCUAUGAAAUCUAAACUUACAGAGGUCUGAAAGAAUGUCAUGUUGCUGUUAGCAUUUGGUUUCAUAAUGCCUAUUUUACAUAACCCUGACCAGUUUCAUAAUUUAUACAAUAAAAAAACAAAAUAUUA